CACCUCCACCAGUUGUACUUUUGUUGCUAUAAACUGAUAUAUAAUAAAGUUUGGCAUUUUUCACAUUUAUAGGAGAGGGAGAGAAAUUCAAACUGAGCUGAGGCAGAGAAAAAAAAAAAUGGGCGGUUCAACCCCACCACACUACACUCCACUCUCCAAACCCGCCGCCGCCGGCGGCGGCGGCGCCGCCUACCUCAGAAAAUCCAAACUCUACUCCCUCGCGAUCGUCACCGUCCUCUGCUCUCUCUUCUACCUCAUCGGCGUCUGGCACCACGGCGGCGGCGCCGCCACCACCACCAACCUCGGCACCACCCUCCCUUGCUUCACCACCACCAACAACACCACGAAAAAACUAGACUUCGCCACACACCACUCCGCCUCGGACGGCGGCGCCGCCGUGAAACCCUACCCACCAUGCAGCGGCAAGUACAGUGAGUACACGCCGUGCGAGGACCCAAAGAGGUCUCUGAAAUUCCCUCGGGACAAGCUGAUAUACAGGGAGAGGCACUGCCCGGAGAAGAAGAAGGAGCUCCUGAAAUGCAGGGUGCCGGCGCCGCACGGGUACAAGAACCCGUUCAAGUGGCCGGCGAGCAGGGAUCUGGUGUGGUACGCCAAUGUGCCCCACAAGGAAUUGACGGUCGAGAAAGCGGUACAGAACUGGAUCCGAUUCGAGGGCGACCGGUUCAGAUUCCCCGGCGGCGGUACCAUGUUCCCCAACGGCGCCGAUGCUUACAUUGACGAUAUCGGAAAGUUGAUUAAUCUCAAAGAUGGCUCUAUCAGAACUGCCAUUGAUACUGGUUGUGGGGUUGCGAGUUGGGGAGCGUAUCUUAUGUCGCGGAAUAUUCUCCCGAUAUCCUUCGCGCCAAGGGAUACACACGAAGCGCAAGUGCAAUUCGCUUUGGAGAGAGGAGUUCCGGCACUUCUCGGUGUAAUUGCCUCCAAGAGGCUACCGUAUCCUUCUAGGGCUUUCGACAUGGCUCAUUGCUCCCGUUGCCUCAUUCCGUGGGGUCAAAAUGAUGGAGCGUACUUGAUUGAAGUGGACCGGGUUUUGAGGCCGGGCGGGUACUGGAUACUAUCCGGUCCACCGAUCCGUUGGAAGAAAUACUGGAAAGGGUGGGAGAGGUCGAGGGAGGAUUUGAAUGAAGAGCAAACGCAAAUCGAGAACGUAGCCAAGGGUUUGUGUUGGAAGAAGUUAAUCGAAAAGGAUGAUAUCGCUAUAUGGCAAAAGCCACUCAAUCAUUUAAAUUGCAAUAAGUUGAAGAAAACCACCACGAACCCUCCGUUAUGUAGCCUUCCCAAUCCCGAUAACGCUUGGUAUACAAAGUUGGAAACAUGUUUGACCCCAUUGCCGGAAGUUUCUAGAAGCGAAGAAGUUGCGGGCGGGGAGCUAGAAAAGUGGCCGAAGCGGUUAAACGCCAUACCUCCUAGGAUUAGUAAGGGGACUAUAAAUGGAGUCACACCCGAAACUUUCGAGCAAGAUUUGAAACUAUGGAAUAGGAGAGUCUCUUAUUACAAGACGGUUAAUAACCAACUCGGACAAGCUGGAAGGUACCGGAACAUUCUAGACAUGAACGCCUUCUUGGGCGGAUUUGCCGCUAAUUUGAUCGAAGAUCCUCUUUGGGUCAUGAAUGUGGUCCCCGUCGAAGCUAAGGUCAACACGCUCGGUGUUAUUUACGAGAGGGGACUAAUUGGAACAUAUCAAAGCUGGUGCGAAGCAAUGUCGACGUACCCUAGAACGUACGAUCUCAUUCACGCCGAUUCGGUUUUUACACUAUACAAGGACAGGUGUGAAAUGGAAGAUAUAAUGUUGGAAAUGGAUAGAAUAUUGAGACCAGAAGGAAGUGUAAUAAUAAGGGAUGACGUGGACACUUUGGUGAAGGUGAAGAGAAUUGCAGAUGGGAUGAAUUGGGAUAGUCAAAUCGUUGACCAUGAAGAUGGUCCAUUGGAGAGGGAGAAGCUUCUUUUUGCAGUCAAACUGUAUUGGACUUCUCCAGUUUCUGCAGAUUAAUAAAAUAAUAAUAAUAAUAAUAGUAAUUUUAUUACAUGUAUUAAUUAAUUUUAUUACAUAUACAGGAUCUUCAAUCUUGAUGCUUAUCAAUAUUCUUUGUCUAGCCUUAAAAUGUGAAUUGAGGGUCUGGUUUAUUUGAAUUGAUCAAUAUUAAUCUAUUUGUGUAUUUU